AUGAGUGAUAAGCUUGCAAGAACAAUUCAAAGAUUUCAAGCCAAAAUCGAUAGUGGUUCGUUCUAUGAAGCCCAUCAAACAUUAAGAACAAUCACCAACAGAUAUGUUAAAGCAAAACAAUAUAAAGAGGCUCGGGAUUUGUUAUACCAGGGGUCCACGAUUUUAUUAAAAAAUAAAGAAUUUGCAUCUGCAUCUGACUUGAUAAAUUAUUUAAUCCAGAUUUAUGACGAAGAAGGAAUCUUGGUGAGUGAUAAGGAUGCCAAGUUGAAAUUGAUUGAUUUGAUUUCGAACUUGCCUAACAACGAUCCUAGUUUGAGUGACUUGGCCAAAUCCAGUCUCAACUGGUCAAAGAAAUCUCCUGGAUGUGAGAAGUUUGGUGAUUGCGAGUUACAUCAUUUAUUUGGUUCCAAGUUUUUAAAGUUUGUUGAAUAUGGAACUUCUCAACACGAUAUUGAGCUGGAAAAUGGCAAAGUAGUUUUGGAUCCUGAAGAAAGAGCAAAAGUUUUUGCGAUAGCAGAAUUGCAUUUGGUUUUGGGUACUUUUGAAAGUGUGCCAUUGUAUAUUAACUAUUUAGUACAAUAUGCAAAAGCCAACCCUGAAGUUGAUCCAGGGGUAUUUUUGGGCCGGGCCAUCGUAAACUAUUCUUACUUGAAGAAUAUCAAAUUUGUCAAAGAAGCACAGGAUAUUUUUUUGAAAGAGAUAGAAGUGACAAAUAAGGAAACACUAAAAUCUGAUUUCCUAUUUUAUCAAAACUACCCGGUUUUGAACUUUUUGCAAUUAUUGGUUAUUACUUUACAAAAGGAGCACACGUCAAAUAGUCAAAAGUUUGUCAAAUUAUACGAACAAUACAGGGGCACUUUGCAACAAUACGAACUUCUUGCUCCUGUAGAAUAUUUGGGCAAAAUCUACUUUAACGUUAAUAUUGGUAACUCCAAUCAACAGGGGAAUAUGUUGGCUAAUAUUAUGAGUGGCUUAUUUAAAUAG